AGCAGGAGGCAGUUGUGAAGUCGCUGGCCAGCAAGUGGAGUGAAGACUACAGAGGGAGAUAAAGAGAGAGGAAAGAGCGAGAGGCAGCCAGAGAUCUGUCCUGGAGACCCUGAAGCCCACGGUACCCCACUGGAAGCCAGAUCCCCUGGAAGCCCACAGAGACACAGAGACAGCAAGAGAAAAGAAAUCAAUACACUCAACGCCACGAACUCCUCUCUCUCUCUCCUCUCUCUCUCUCUCUCUCUCUCUCUCUCUCUCUCUCUUUCUCUCUCUCUCUCUCUGCCUACCCUAGUCCUCUGGUCCUCUGGUCCCCAAACUCCCAGUCCCCGUUCCCCCUCCUGGGAUACCAUGUUCUCCGCACUCCUGCUAGAGGUGAUUUGGAUCCUGGCUGCAGAUGGGGGUCAACACUGGACAUACGAAGGCCCCCAUGGUCAGGACCACUGGCCAGCCUCUUACCCUGAGUGUGGAAGCAAUGCCCAGUCCCCCAUCGACAUCCAGACUGACAGGGUGACAUUUGACCCUGAGUUGCCUGCUCUGCAGCCCCAUGGAUAUGACCAACCUGGCACUGAGCCGUUGGACCUACACAAUAACGGCCACACAGUGCAACUCUCUUUGCCCCCUACUCUGCAUCUGGGUGGGCUUCCCGGAAAAUACGUGGCUGCCCAGCUCCACCUGCACUGGGGUCAGAAAGGAUCCCCAGGGGGAUCAGAGCACCAGAUCAAUGGUGAAGCCACAGCUGCAGAGCUCCAUAUCGUACACUAUGACUCUGAUUCCUACGACAGCUUGAGUGAGGCUGCCCGGAAGCCUCAGGGCCUGGCUGUCCUGGGCAUCCUGAUUGAGGUGGGUGAGACUAAGAAUAUAGCUUAUGAACAAAUUCUGAGUCACUUGCAUGAAAUCAGGCAUAAAGAUCAGAAGACCUCAGUGCCUCCCUUCAACGUGAGAGAGCUGCUCCCCCCACAGCUGGGGCAGUUCUUCCGAUACAAUGGCUCGCUCACGACUCCCCCCUGCUACCAGAGUGUCCUCUGGACAGUCUUCAUUCGAAGGGCCCAGAUUUCAAUGGAGCAGCUGGAAACACUCCAAGAGACGUUGUUCUCCACAGAAGAGGAGUCCUCUGAGCUGCUGGUGCAGAACUACCGAGCCCCUCAACCUCUCAAUCAGCGAGCAGUCUUGGCUUCCUUCAUCCAAGCAGGACCCUUGUACACCACAGGUGAAAUGCUGAGUCUAGGUGUGGGAAUCCUGGUUGGCUGUCUCUGCCUUCUGCUGGCUGUCUAUUUCAUCGCCAGAAAAAUUCGGAAGAAGAGGCUGGAAAACCGGAAGAGUGUGGUCUUCACCUCAGCACGAGCCGCCACUGAGGCCUAAGCUCCCUCUCAGAGACGGUGAAUGUGGAUGCCUUCCCCUCAUGCCUAUCGGAAAGCCUCUAAGAUGGGGUGCAGGGACUGGCCAGAAAAUACCAUAGGAGUAGUAAACAGACAACCCUCCUUCCUCGGGACAUCCCCUGCAGAGAGGUAUGGACCCAGGUCCUUGUUCAAGGAAGAAGAGCUUCUCAAAACGUGGAGAAGCAGGAGGUCCCUGUGUUGUUACUGCAGGGAACAAACUGUUGAGUCACAGGGGAAGUUCAAGAUGCAUCCCAAGUCCCCAUUCCCUCAGCUCUAUGCCACUUUCCCUCGAUAGACUGCAGGAUCCAAGAGUUGCUGUUGAGGUUACAUAUAUAUUUUUUGCUCGGUAUAUUUGGAAAUUAAAGUUUCUGAUUUUAAUUCUGACCUAUACUUCGGGACUCUCGAGGGUGGCCAAGUUCCUCAAUCCCUCAGGGAGGAGAGAUGGCACAGGACAGGAAAAAGAAGCAAGGGUGAUCAACUCCUUCCAUCCACCCCUGGAAGAUUCCCUUCUGGAAGAAAAAUACUUAACCCAAAGUUCUGACAUGUUAAACCACCAGCCCACAUUUCUGCCCUUGCACUAAAGCUAUGCUUGGAGGUCAGUGGCUGCCAGGUUAGGAAAGAGGCUGAACGAGAGACGUGAGAGGGCAGAAAUCUCAGUUCACAUGUUAUCCCCUCCCUGAAAAGCCAAGUUCCCCACAAUUACAAAGUCCUUUUUAUUAGUCAAAAUCACAAUCACCUUGAUUAAAAGGAUGGAAUACCCCACCCUCA